GGAUGUACAUCUCUUGACGAGACCCAGCACACCAUCAUCCAACCCACGCAGAACGCGCUAUGGCGACAGCCUGCAUGUACUGCUCACCUUCGCUCGAUUGUCGAUAAAUCACACCAAUCGGUGAUGUUCGGUAUCACCCGUAGUGAUGGUGGCGAUCGGAUGUUCACGUGCACAACCAUGGAUGCUGCAACUAAUAUGAAUUUAUAUUUUGUAUAUCCAUUAUCCGCAGCACACACCUCUCCUAUUGGCACUGACAGUGGGGUUGCAG